AUGGCGGAAACCCAUGUGGUCUCCACUUCUCACGCUGCCUGUGUUUUUCUGAUACGCAAAUCGUUACGUUCACAAUCCGCGCGCGUAUGCCUCGUUCUCCUUUCCCAACCAGAUUUCUUACAACUACGAACCCUCUGGCUUUCACUCAACAAUCUCUUCCUCAUUUCAGACUCCGAUCUCCACCUUGUAGGGGUAGAUGAGAGACAUAAAUGUCAAGAUCUCAAGGGGACACUCGGAGUAGCUGCUAGCAUUGACUUGCAAAAGGAUAGAAGUCUGCCAAUAUUGAAGCAUUCUAAUGUGGCGCCACAUUCAGCUAGAGUGAGGCUUGUGGCUAUGUUGGAAACUGUUCAGGAGAUUGCCAUCUACAUUCAUAGAUUUCACAAUCUUGACCUUUUUCAGCAGGGAUGGUAUAAAAUUAAGAUUACUGUUAGAUGGGAGGACAAUGAAAAAAUUUCCCUAGGAACUCCAGCUAGAGUUGUUCAAUACGAAGCUCCUGAUCUGGGCUCUGGUAAUUUAUAUGGUAUAUGGAGAAUUGAUGAUGCAGACCACAGUUUCUCAACACAUCCCUUUCAGAUAAAAUAUGCUAGACAGGACAUUCAUUUAUGUAUGAUGAUCUCGUUCGUUUUAUCUCUUGGUAAAUUUGAGGGUUUACUGGCAACUGCUGCUGUUUUGAAGUUUGAACUGAUGUUUGCUCCUAAUUUGGAGGAUGGUGUUGGAUUGCAAGCUUCUCUGGAUGCUUCCCCUGCAGCUGUUCAUGAAUUUCGCAUUCCUCCAAAAGCCCUUUUAGGAUUACAUUCAUAUUGUCCUGUCCAUUUUGAUGCCUUGCAUGCAGUGCUUGUUGAUGUAAGUGUACAUGUCAGUCUACUGAAAGCUGCUUCUUACAGGUCUGCUUUGAAGGUAGCAAGCAAUUCUGGCAGUUCUGGAGGGAUUGCUGAUGAAAGUUAUGACACAUUGAAUCCAGGAAUACAGGUGGUGGCGUCAUGUACACUUCUUCCUUUAAGUCUCCAUUUAGGAAUGCAUUCUUUACAUCUAACUGAUAUAAUGGCCAAUCAAGCAUCUGGGUUUCUUCCAAAGUGCAAUGGGAAGAUCCAAAUCUUUUUCUACUCCUCCUGGCUGAUCACAGUCAGUAAUAUCUUCUUGAGAUUCAGGAUUGGUCAUUGGUUCAGAAUCAUGGUCAGCUUCGAGAACUUCGGUCUGGUACAUUAUCUAGUUCAGGUUCAAUUGUUGACUCACCAACUUCAAAUGGAAGUUUUAAUGGAGGUUCAUACUCAUAGGGUAAUUCUAAUUCAGGUUGGAAAGAGGAUUCUAAAGAAGGCUCCAAGUCACUCACACUCUCCCCUUGAGUUGGAGACUUCAGAUAAAAGGAUUCAUCUUCAUGGAAGUUCGGCUAGGUCCUCAAAGGUCACUGUGAAUAGUGGUGAAUGGUUGGGAAGGUUGGUAAAUAUUGCAAGAAAAAGUGGUUCUAUGGAGGGAACUGCUGGGUGGCUGGAUGUAAUUGAGGUGUCAUGGGCUGGUCAUCACUCUUUUCUGUGCCAGUGUGAUAACCACGACCCCUUGGCUUCUUUGGUUUCCAGUUUAGGGGUGGGUCUAUUCUUCUGGCCUCUUGGAUCUGCACUUUUAGUGACAAGUGUUGAUGGUUCAGGUGCAGUAAUGGUCCCCUUAGCAUCAGUUUUCAGCAUAACACGCCGACAUGCAUCUUCACGUCUUACUUCAGCAAAUGCUUCACGAACAGAUGGUAAUGGUACGAGACUCAGGAUCCUCCCCCUUACCGCAUCAAGUUCUGGAUUGAGUCCUGCUAUGAACUCAAAUAGCCUUUCUUUAUCAAUGCGUUUUUUAUACUGGGCAGCAUCCUCAGCACACUUCCAGGAAGCAAGUGGGGUUACUUCUGAGGUUGCAAAGAAUGUUGCAGUCGUUAAAGCACUACUAACUUCUUGUGAUAUAUGUCUUAAAGAACUACAAAAAAUCAGCAAAGCAGUUGGGCGAGCCAUUGACUUUUGUGAGUCAAAAAUGAAUAAUCCAACGUUAGUAACUUCUAUUCUGCAAGCAAAGCCGCUGGAAGCAGAUGUUGAAGUUUCAGGAGAAGGCAAGCCACAAAUUGUUCUUGAGAGAGGAAAUGGUCCUCUGGAUCUUCAUAAUGCUGAAGUUCUUUGUUCCUUAUUCAAGAGUGAACUGAUGGGUUAUUAUCAUUCAUUUGGAGAUCAGUCCAUGUAUUUAUGGAGCAUGUUUCUUAAGUUCCACAAGGAUAACAAAAUGAAGAUUCUCGAGUUUUUACGUGAUGUAUGGGCUAAGGAUCGGAAAGCUGAGUGGUCAAUAUGGAUGGUGUAUUCUAAGUUUGAGAUGCCUCGUCGUUAUGUAAAUAGUGGUAGUGAUGAAUCUUCCCGCCGUGGUGUACAUAGAAGAACUGCCAGUUCAUGGCAAUUACCUGAUAAUCCUCCUCAAAUUGCAGCUACAUGUGCUGAUCUUCAUCGAAAGAGCAUUGCACAGAUGAGGAUCAACAACCGGUCAAUUCAAGAUAUGUAUAUCUUUGGAGAUCCUUCAAGAGUACCAGUUAUGAUUGUAGACCGUAUGAUGAGCACACCACAGCGUACUAAAAGUGAAAAUUCAUACCUAAGACAUGUUAAACUUCUAGAAUCACUUACCUUACAAACUGACAGCUCUAUCACUGUAGACAAGAAAUCCACACCACAGAGUAAUUCUCGUGUGUUAAAGAUUGUUGUCUUUGUGCAUGGAUUUCAGGGGCAUCAUCUGGAUCUACAGCUUAUCCAAAAUCAAUGGCUGUAUGAUCCCAAGGCUGAAGUUCUUAUGUCCAAGGUUAAUGAGGAUAAAACAUCUGGAGAUUUCAGAGAAAUGGGACAAAGGCUAGCUCAAGAAGUUAUAUCUUUUGUUAAAAGAAGAAUGGACAAAGCAUCAAAACAUAGGAAUUUAGAAGAUAUUCGGCUAAGUUUUGUUGGACACUCUAUUGGUAACCUCAUUAUAAGAACCGCUAUUGUAGACAGCAUGAUGGAGCCAUUUCUAAGACUUCUUCAUACAUAUGUUUCUGUAUCUGGUCCACAUUUGGGGUAUCUCUAUAGUUCAAACUCUUUGUUUAAUUCUGGAUUGUGGCUUUUGAAGACACUGAAAGGCACACAAUGCAUUUAUCAGUUGACUUUCACCGAUGAUUCAGAUAUCCAAAAUACCUUCCUCUAUAAACUCUGUAAGCAGGAGACGUUGGGCCACUUCAAACAUAUUGUCUUGUUAUCUUCUCCUCAAGAUGGUUAUGUGCCCUACCACUCUGCUAGAAUUCAGUCAUGCCAAGCUGCUUCAAAUGAUAAUUCAAAGAAGGGAAGAGCGUUCAUGGAGAUGCUAAAUAGUUGCUUGGACCAAAUCCGUGCCAAUCCCUCUGAGCGUCGAGUGUUUAUGCGCUUUGAUGUUAAUUUUGAUACCACUGCCUAUGGCAAGAAUCUGAACUCCUUCAUAGGGCGAGCCGCUCAUAUAGACUUUCUGGAAUCUGACGUUUUUGCGAAGUUCAUAAUGUGGUCUUUUCCAAAGCUUUUUCGAUAG